AUGUCCGAGACAAAUGUGGGUUCCAAAGACCUUAAUCUUGUGGAUAAUGAUCAAAAAGUUGAAGUAAACAAUGACUCAUCUUCACAAGAAAUCCCAAAGGAUUUAGAAAAAGCAGAGGACAAUCCCAUGCCCACUCCAGCCCAAGAGGAAGUUGUAAUCAAGAAAAAAUAUGGUGGAUUACUACCAAGAAAAACCCCUUUAAUCUCAAAGGAUCAUGAUCGUGCUUUCUUUGAUUCUGCAAAUUGGGCACUAGGAAAGCCUACGCCACAUCAGCAAGUUCGUUCAAGACGAUCAUUCUACGCCCCUGCAGAUAUUAUACCCUCUGUUGAGCUGUUGGCUGCUCAAUAUAACAAACUGCCUUGCAAAAGCAUAUUACAAAGAUCUGAAUCAUUAACAACUACUAACUCACAUUAUCUUAUUAAAGGAUACUCAAGGGUAAACUAG